CAAAGCGGAGUCUCAAACGUUCGUUUGUCGCUUUCCGACGACAGUCGGAGGUGUUCCAGGCAGCGGUGGUAGCAGCAGCGGCUGCAGCCGCGGGUGGCGGUGGCCAGCAACCCGCACCCACACCGGGCGGUGGCAGUGAGACCAACCCCGAAGGCGGAGUGGAGGCUGCUGCGUUGGCACCUGUCACCUCAGGCGCGACGACACCCGCGACAGCGACACAAGGCACCGACCUCAAAGGUCAACCAAAACGUUUGCACGUCAGCAACAUACCUUUUCGCUUCCGAGACCCUGACCUCAGGGCAAUGUUCGGGCAAUUUGGGCCAAUCCUUGACGUGGAAAUUAUAUUUAAUGAAAGGGGAAGCAAGGGAUUCGGUUUUGUAACAUUCGCAAAUAGUGCUGACGCGGACCGGGCACGUGAGAGGCUACACGGCACCGUGGUUGAGGGCAGAAAGAUUGAGGUGAACAACGCAACAGCGAGGGUACAGACGAAAAAACCGCCGACGGUGCCGAACGUGUGCGUACAGUGGCCCGAGGGUAGGUGCUUCCAUGACGUGCCGGAGCCGGCACUGCUGAAUCUCUACUUCGAGAUCCGUGAGAACUGUCACGGCUUCUCCUGAAGGCAACGACCAGUCAGGCAACGACAAUGAUGACAAUGACGGGCUCCCGCGCUCCUCGUCUUGUUGCGAGCGCGCGGAACAUCAGUAUCACUUCAGUAUCGCGCGAGAGAAACAUUCUCGAGAUAACGUAUUUAUUUAAAAGUCUUUCCAACAGCCGCCACACACCACGACCAAGCCAAAAAACAAAUAGUCACGUAUAUAGCCACACAGAGAAGGGACAAAGGUUCCUUGGUUUUUUUUUCCUUUCUUUUUUUUUGUUCACGUCGAUACAUUCCGAUCGGAGGAAUAGUUCCUAUAUCGCGAUUUUAGUAGAGACGCGCCGUCGAAUGAAUAGAGUCGACGGAAUGAUUCUUCGCGUGAGGAUAUCAUUGAUCUUAUAAUAAUCAGAUCUGCGAAUCUAAUCCUAAUCGAUCAUUUCUUCGCAGAUUAUAUACAAUACAAUUAAAUUAUUCUUUCAGUGAAUCUGAAUUUAUUUAAUUAAGCCUCAGACAAGUAACAAUAGACAUUUAUAAACAAUGCUGAUUAAUUGUUGAUAACAGUCAAUCACAUCACAUAAGGAGGCUUUCGUGUGGCGAUAGUUUUUUUUUUCCAAAAAUACGGGCUCACAAAAUCUCGUACAAUUUCCCGUCGUCUCCGUUCAUUCGAGCCGCGUCUCCUCGUGAGAGCAACACGUAACAACGCGUGAUGCUCUCGUGUAUCGUUUCCGGUGAUCGUGAUGGAUCUUGUGUGACACAGGUCUAACGCUGGCCCCAAAUGGGCGCUCGGCAGAAUUCUCGCUGCUGCGCGCGCGAAAACGGGAUCUCUCGCGUCUCUUUCUUUAUAGGGUUCUCGAUGAUCCCAGCAGAAGCAAGGUGGGUGGUCCAGAAUAUUUAUUUACCUACAACUAAUUGCUCGUCGUUCAGCCAGUUCGGGAUUAAAGACUGUCUCUCCUGCGCUAUAUAUACAUAUAUAUAUCUUUUUUUAUUGUACUUGCCUUUUCUCUAUCGUCCAGCAGGAGAGAUAUACCAUGCUCAGCCCCUCCUAAGUUUCUCUCACACAACCAAUUUUUCUUUUGUUGUUUCCCUGUCGAGCCGAAGCGAAGUCCUCCUAUCUUAUCAUCGCCCGUUCUACUUCUACGCGGUGAGAAAGCUACAAGAAAUAACAGCUUUUGCGCUCGUGCGGAGGAAAAUGCGUUGUAUAAAACAGAAAAAAGGAGAAAGAGAGAGUCGAGAUAAAAAUAACACGAUGAUGAGGUGCUACAUUGCGUAAGAACAAUUUACGAUUAACGAAUAUUAAGGCAAAAAUGCUAUCUAAUAUUCCGUUACGAUUAUUUAUUGUAAUGUCGCGGAUUAUUAGAAAGCGCUGUGUUAUUAAUAGUUCAUAUCGAAUCGCAUUUUUCUCGCACUGUUUUACGAUGCGCAUUGCUCUCCGCAUAAAAUGGCGUUCAGAGCGGAAGCAGUUAAUCGUCACGAAAACGUUCGCGCGAACUACGAUUUUCGAUCUCAUAUAGAAUGCCACGUGCGCGCAUGAACUUCAGAUUAGCGAGGCGAUUGAUUUAAGGAAUCGGCAGUCGUGAUUCCGGGCAAGAAUCUGGAACGAGGCGUCGCGUUGUUUCCGCAUCAUAAUUCUGGCAUUUCUCGCAGUGAGAACGUGAUCGCGAAUUUGCGGACUUCUGAUGCUUUUACCAUCGCGUUAUUAUAUCUCUCACAUGCUAAAUUUUAUCGCACAAAAGAUGGAAAUUGAAAAUACGAUUUUAUUUAUUCAAGGUAUUUUUAUUUUACUGAUUUUUUUUUACAAACGGAAAAGAAUUUUCUAUACAGGGAAAAUCUAUUGAAAUAUAUGGAUAUAUCGUUUUUGUAAAAUCGGGAUUUAACAUCGGCGCGUUUCUACCUUUGAUUAUAUAUUUACCGACUCGAAUGGUAUUUCCAUUAUCUGAAUGUACGACUGUUUCAGUCUGCCAAAAUAGCAGACGGUAACAUAUCGCGAAACUUUUUUUCCGCUUUUUUUAAAUCGAAUAUAUUAAUACGACGGAUUUGCUAUAUUUUGCUCAUAGUUUGGUACAAAUGUAUUAUGCAAACGCGUUUCGUAAAGUCAAGUGGCAGGUAAAUUACUCGAUAAUUUCGGAAUAACUUAUAUAUUAGAUUUAACGAAAUGAAUACAGGGUAAUAGAGUUUUAAGGAUAAAUAAUUUUUUUAUACGUAUAUCUACGAAUUUACAAUUGAGACUGGAAAAUUUUAAUUUUUUUUACAUCAUUUACCUCGUUUGUUUAUUAUCUUCGCGAAAUUCGACGAUUUUGUCGUCGAUUAUCAAAAUAAUAAAGAGUAAUGCUUGUAGAACAUAAGUAUAGGUUACCGUACCAAAAAAAAACAGGGUAUUGAUUGUGAUUAAGUGAUCUUUAUUUUAGAUAUUUCGUGUAAUUAGUGUACGUAGAUUAUAUAACGUUUUCACAUAGGACAGAAGAGAUACGACUGCAUUUUUAUAAGUGCCGAUUAGAUAAAAUAACGUAGAAUCACGUGGUUCUGCAAGUGGGUUCUAACUCACCCGCACCAGUCGCGUUCAUUCCACUGUCUAUUUUUAUAUAAUGUGAUUUUACACUUGGCGAGGGAUCGCUCGCUGCCGAGCUUAGCGUUGAAACGCACUUGCAGGAUCCACGGGAACGUAGAACAGUAUUACGCAACCGCAUGACUGUACUCUAUUGCAGGGUUAAACCGACAUUCCAAAGAUCGUGACAUCGAUUACUUGCCAGACGAGUAAACUGGGGUAAUUCGCUAUAAAAAUAACCCGUAUAUAAACGACGCGAUCGUGAUUUAUCCCGCCUUUUACUGAUCCAUCGAUCAAUCGUGUGCCAUAAUACCCCACUUUUCAAACGUAGAAAAUAGGCUUACUCAGAUACUUUUUAAUAGAUUAAGACACACAGCGUUAGUUGCAUAGCGAUUAGACUACAUAGUUAAUCGUCAAAUAAGUGUUUGUGUGUGGACGAUUAAGUGUUCUACGAAAAGUGAGCAUGGAGGUAUUUGUAGACACAGAAGAUUAGAAUCCAGAAAUCGGACGAGGAAAGUGACAAUGAAAAUGAAUAAGUUAAACGAGAACGAAAACGUGACAAAUGUAAAGAGGAAAUCAUUAUUUUCUACAAGACCAGCACAAAUUUUAUAUGUGAAAUAAACAUGAAUAUUUCUA